AUGACCAACACCGUGGACGAGUAUUCCCGAGUGGAGAAGUUCGCCUGCAAAACCUAUCUUCCUCCACUGGAACUUUACUACAGCGAAUACUCGCUUGCGUUGAAAUUGUCACUUACCGUCGGGUGUAUCAUCUGGCUGUGGGUAACGUUCGUCUUCGUUCGAGUGAUCCGGCUGAUUAAGAAGCACACGGGAAAGGACCAAGUGAUGGUGCUAAUGAUUGCAAAUACCGUUUAUUUGAUCGUGGUCACGUUCAGCGUGUUGGCGCUAUUGCUGCCACAUGUGGCCGUUGUCUGCGACAUCGUUCCAUUCGUAGCGUUCUGCUGGUGCAUAUUGGUGUUUUUCCGUUACCUAAAACAGUCGGUUGGAGGAGAUUCGGUCAUCAUUGCACUGUACGAAUCGAAGCAAUUGGAUGCACCGCAAGUGUGUCCGUGUUUUCGAAUCAUUCUAGACCGGAAAAAACAGCUGGAAGCAAUCCGAAUCGGCAUCUUACAGUUUCCGAUCUAUAACAGCAUUGUGGCCAGUAUUCAACUUCUCAUAUUCACAUUCGACAAGAACUUGUUUUUCGAAGUGUUCUACUACAUUUUACCGUUUGUCAUUGCAUCCAUCGUGUGCUACGUUGUAUCGUCGAUUUCGUUCAUCAAAACGGUCGCACCGUUGUAUCCGGAUAAUCCUAUAUUUAAGCGCUUCUUCCUGCUGCAGUUGGUUCUGCUCAUUACGAAACCGCAGAUCAUCAUACUGGAAUUGAUCUACAAUUUCAUGACCUUCGAAUGCACCAUUGCAGGGGAACCGAAGGCAUACUUUAAUAUUUUAAAGCAAAUGAUCAUCCUUGUCCAGGUUGGUCUUGUGACGGUAUUUUCCUACAAAUUCUAUACGGCAGAGCAAACUAUCCAGAAGAAGGCAGGAGUCCAAAAUGAUGGAUUUGAGGCAUAA